CUCAGAUUCUCAGUCUUUGUUGCUCCGUUCUCUUUGCCUUUGUUCCUUCCCAACUCCGUCGUUCAUUCCUGUCCCAAGUCAAAUCCCAUUCAGCCAUGAUGUCCAUUCGCUGCAAUUCACUCACCUCGUCGUCGCCGUUCGUGAUCAACGCGGCGGUCAGACUGAUGACUGCUUCACCACAACCGACCCGCGCGCUCUCGUCGGCCGUCUCGCCCUCCACCCUGAAUAAUGCUGCAUCUAUUACUGCUGCUGCUGCUGCUGCUGCUUCUAUUGCUGCUGUGGCUGGCUGCUCGGCUCUGGCUGUGGCUCGCGGUGGUUCGCUGCCUCAAACCGCAGCGAUGGCUCGGCGGCCAUCCUCCUCCGCGCUGUCUGCACUCUGCCCGCCGCGCUCCGCCUCAGGUUCAAUGCCAGUCACCGUGCGCUGCUACCACGACCGGCCCACUGGCGGCGUCGGCGGCAGUGUCAUUGCCGGACCCUCUUCGAUGGCUGGUUCGGUCGCCGAAACCGCUGCUCCUGCCUCUGGUGAGCGGCUGCCCUUCGUUCCGUCCCGCACGAGUAUCAACAGUCAUGCUACUAGUCCUAGUAACAGCAUGGCGUUCGUCGCAUCGAGCCCUGGCCAGCUGAUCGACCGCGCGUCCGGGCUCGAGGCAGAGCGCUUUGACGAGCGCGAAGACGCUCAGCUCAUGCACGAGUGGCGGUCGCUCGUCAAGGACGCCAGUCAACAUGCUUCAGGAGGUGCUCCGGCGUUCUGUGCGUCAUGGCCGAGACUCUGCCAGGCGACGGGAACAUCCACGUUCCCCAUCGAGCGCGGAGCAGUGCUCAUUGCCCGAGCGAGAAGCCCCAAUCCACUGGCUGUGAUUGCAGAGACGGAAUACCGCCUCGCAGAGUUGGUCGAGGAUGCGCGCGCACACUUGCCGCGAAACUUUUCUGGACAGCAGCGCGACGUCGCAAUUGCCGCUCAGGCCGUGUUGAAAGCCAUGGCUGAGCAGAAUUAUGUCAAGAACGGGUCGACGGAGGUCUUUUCCGAUUACAAUUGUUUCAUGAUUGACGUCGUUUUGCGCACGCGCCGAGGCGCGCCAGUCCUGCUCAGCACCAUUUUCAUGGCGGUGAUGCAACGACUGGGUUUCGAGUCGUACGGGUUUGCCCUUCGUCCCGAUUUGAUGGUGGCGUGCUCUGCCAAUCGCUCGCCCGAUGGUGGAAUCACUCCGCCUGGCGAUUUCCACUGGAUUGUCGACGCCUUCCGUGGCGAGAUUCGCUCGGUUGCCGAAAUGAAGGAUGCCAUUGAUUUGGAUGUCGCCGCCUCGGGAGAUGCCAAGCAGCUUCGCCCACUCCUCGCCGUGUAUGACCGAAUUCUCCUCAACAUUUACCGCUGUAUCGAGCAGAGCCGAACGCGCUGGCGCGGUCGAAUUAUUGAUGCGCUGCUCACCAUCCACGGGCAGUACGUUCAAGAUGCCGGUGGCUGGUCCUUUUUGCAGCGCACCAACAAGUCCAUGCUGGGCGGCGUUGUGGUGCACACCGUCUCCUCCGCCAAUCGUCAAAGCAAUGGUGCGACUGUCGCUACUGCUGCUGCUGCUGUUGCGGCUCCGGUCGAGCCCUGGCAACCCUCAGCCAACGCCAUGACUGCGACCGCAGGCGUGGAUUCGCUCGCUGGAUCUGAUUUGUCCGCAGAAGGGCUGAACUUGCUGCCACCGUACUCGUCGUUGAAGAAGAUUCUCGGCGUUAUCAGCAUCAUCCGCUUCCUCAAACACGAGCGCGCGCUGAUUCAUGUGCAGCGGAUUCCGCUGUCGACCUCGGAGGCCGAAAUGCGCUUGAAGGAUGUGCUGGAGCAUCGCCAGAUGCAGGAAGUCUCUGCGAAUGGUACGGCUGGCGCCGAUGCGAUGGAAUCGGCCUUGGCAUCAACGGCGAUGAAUGCGGCGGCGACGGCGGCCGCUGGAGGGCAGCCAAAGAAGCCGGCGUCUCCCCUGGAGCAGGCACCCUUCAUUGCAACUCCCCAGCGUCACAACCUGUACCAUGCCCGAAGAGCAAUGGCCUUGCUGGAAGACAUUUCCGACCUCAUCAAGGACUUUCUUCCCGAUUCCAUCGCGCCCCGACGACAGCAGCAGCUCCUCCCGCUCUACACGAAAUGCAGCCAAAUUGCAUCCGAGGAGGAGUCUCGGCGCUGGGCCGCUGGAAUGCGCUAGUGCGGGUAGUGUGAUUGCGAUUGUACGAGUUGGUUGUGCUUGAUUUACAGGAUUGAUGCGAUACAACAUGAAGGAGGUAGAAUUGUUUUCAAAUACAACGCAACAAACAGCAACGACCAUUGAAAACGACAAAACAAAACGAGGACGAAGCCAUUCUUGUUUUUAAAAACAAAGAAAAC